GAGUGUGUUACUCUACAGUUAGUCAUUUUAAUGAACAGCCCUGUGUGUGUAUGGUCAGUGUGUGUUACUCUACAGUUAGUCAUUUUAAUGAACAGCCCUGUGUGUGUAUGGUCAGUGUGUGUUACUCUACAGUUAGUCAUUUUAAUGAACAGCCCUGUGUGUGUAUGGUCAGUGUGUGUUACUCUACAGUUAGUCAUUUUAAUGAACAGCCCUGUGUGUGUAUGGUCAGUGUGUGUUACUCUACAGUUAGUCAUUUUAAUGAACAGCCCUGUGUGUGUAUGGUCAGUGUGUGUUACUCUACAGUUAGUCAUUUUAAUGAACAGCCCUGUGUGUGUAUGGUCAGUGUGUGUUACUCUACAGUUAGUCAUUUUAAUGAACAGCCCUGUGUGUGUAUGGUCAGUGUGUGUUACUCUACAGUUAGUCAUUUUAAUGAACAGCCCUGUGUGUGUAUGGUCAGUGUGUGUUACUCUACAGUUAGUCAUUUUAAUGAACAGCCCUGUGUGUGUAUGGUCAGUGUGUGUUACUCUACAGUUAGUCAUUUUAAUGAACAGCCCUGUGUGUGUAUGGUCAGUGUGUGUUACUCUACAGUUAGUCAUUUUAAUGAACAGCCCUGUGUGUGUAUGGUCAGUGUGUGUUACUCUACAGUUAGUCAUUUUAAUGAACAGCCCUGUGUGUGUAUGGUCAGUGUGUGUUACUCUACAGUUAGUCAUUUUAAUGAACAGCCCUGUGUGUGUAUGGUCAGUGUGUGUUACUCUACAGUUAGUCAUUUUAAUGAACAGCCCUGUGUCUGCCACAAAGUGAUCUGACGCUGGAAAUCAAGUCUACUCUCUAGUCCAUUACAUUAGUCUACAUGUCAUGACCAAUUGCAAAAAUAGCCAUAUGUCAGAGAAUAAUGUAUUAUACAGUCAAAUGCGUUUUCCCAGAUUUGUUAUAUAUCCACUGAUAUUUUCUAAUUCUAAUGAAGUGUGUGUUUCUCUCCACAGUGGAUGUGACUCUAGAUCCUGAUACAGCACAUCCCCAACUCAUCCUGUCUGAAGACAGGAAACAAGUUAUAUUUGGAGAUGUAUGGCAGGAUCUCCCUGACAACCCAGAGAGGUUUGAUACUUGUGUCAGUGUCCUGGGAAAGGAGGGUUUCUCCUCAGGGAGAUUCUACUAUGAGGUGCAGGUGAAGGGGAAGACUGGCUGGUCUUUAGGAGUGGUCAGAGAGUCCAUCAACAGGAGGGGACGAUAUCUGAACCCUGAGGAUGGAUACUGGACUGUGUGCCUGAGGUAUGACGGGUACAAGGCUCUCUAUGUUCCCUUGGUCCACCUCUCCCUGAGAGAGAAGCCCCAGAAGGUGGGGGUGUUUGUGGAUUAUGAUGUGGGUCUGGUCUCCUUCUACAAUGUGGAGGCCAAGUCCCAUAUCUACUCUUUCACUGGCUGCACCUUCACUGAGAAACUCUAUCUAUUCUUCAGCCCUGGUAAUAAUUACACUGGUAAAAACUCAACCCCACUGGUCAUCACUCCUGUAGAUAUAACUGGAUGACUGGUUUAUACCAAACAUUGAAAUAAUGUUAAAAUAACUGAUAAUGUAAUAGCCACCAGAUAAUGGUAAUAUUACAUCAUAUUUCCUCAUGUAAUAUUUUAGAAAUCUGCAGAUAAUGUAUUCGUUUUUUGUAGAUAAUGUCAUAAUUUCAAGUAAUAACAUUAACAUACCAAUUCAUUGUUUUAUUUUUGUAUAAUUAAUGAUGAGAUAGUAUGUCCGCUGUAUUGCUUGGUUAGAGAGCAAUGGACAUAAAUGGUCGGUUGGUUUGUUUAGUAAGAGUGUUAUAUAUGCAGUCUAUAUCAGGAACAGUAGCUCUUGUAUAUUAAUCAGUGUUGACUGUUGAACCCAUCUAUAGGUCAGUAUGGAAGAGAACAGGACGUACAGGAGGGACUUCUGAUGUUUAGUGUUUCCUGAGGAAGUUCAGUGUGUUUUGUUCUGGUUUUGUUGAUGUGAUUCUAUUAUCACACACCACUCCUGUACCUCCCUCUAGUGGCUGGUGUCUGCACCACAUCUGUCUGCUAAUCCUGUCUGAUCAACAUGUGUGAAUAGAAACGCUCCAUAGAUCAUGAUGUGUUGAAGGCUCUGCGUCUGCUUCAUAAGACUCUGGGAUGCAGGUUGAAGUCUUCUCUUUAGUUGGAGGAUAUUCAGGGGACGUUGAUUUGUCAUAUAGACUAUGUAUGUACUGUCCUUUAUAUGACUGACCCAGAUAUGUUGUCUAUACUCUCUGUGUAAACAUUAUAUUGUGGGGAGAGUUUAUACAAAGCUUUACUCACCAAGUAUAACAUUUUAAUGAUGAUGACAUGGUAGAGAUGUUAUUUUGUCUCAGUAAAAACUCAUCACCACCAUCUAGUUGGUGCUUUGAUUUCUUUUAGGAAUUUAAACAACAAUUGACAAUAAAGCAACAACAGCUGGU